UGGGAUUUAGAAAAUUCAUAAAAAAAAUGUUUAAAAAAUAUUUAUUAUUUUAAAAAGAUAGAGUUCAUAAAUAAUUUAUUUUAAAAGGAAAAAAAUAUACCGAUUUGUCACAGAGGAACGAGUAAAAAAAAAAGGAAAAAAUUUGAUCGUGUAAAUUACCGGGAAAAUAAAGAAAUAAAAUUUAUUCAUCCUUCAUUCCAUUAAUCUUCUCCAUAGGAAUUCCUCAUUUUAGAUUACUUGAAAGUGGAACCACUUUGAGAACAUGGAUUUCGAGGGAACAAAAGAAGGGAAGCCCAUGAGACUUGAAAAAGAAGUUGGUAUUCUGGGCGGGACUGCAAUUAUCGUCGGAACUAUGAUAGGCUCCGGUAUAUUUAUCACGCCGAUUGGAGUUAUCAAAGCUGCAGAUUCGGUCGGCCUUUCACUAUUAGUAUGGUUACUCGGCGGAGUUAUAUCUAUGUUAGGUGCUUUGUCUUAUGCCGAAUUGGGCACGAUGAUUCCCAAAUCGGGAGGAGAACACGCAUACCUUAUGGAGGCCUUCGCUUCUCCCGCACGAGGUAAAUCUCAAACCGCGUGCAAACGGUUUUGGGGACAAGUACCGGCCUACCUGUUUGCCUGGACUUUGCUCAUGGUGCUCAAAACAUCUGCCAUGGCUGUGAUCGCCAUGACCUUCAGCAAGUAUAUAGUGGCCGCCAUGCUUCCAAACUCGGAGUUUCCCGAUUACGGCAGGAAGAUCGUAGCUUACAUCAUUAUGUUUUUGAUCGGCUACAUAAACUGUUACAGUGUCAAAUUAGCCACUAAACUUCAAACAUUUUUGACGGCAAGCAAAAUUCUAGCUCUUUUGAUCAUUAUAACUGGAGGAGUCUACAAAGCUGCUGUGGGAAACACCCAGUAUUUGCAAACCGGAUUUCAAAAUUCUGACUGGAAUCCAACCUCUAUUGCUUUGGCUUUUUAUAGCAGCCUUUGGGCUUAUGAUGGAUGGAAUAAUUUAAAUUAUUUGACCGAGGAAGUCAAAAACCCUAGCAAAAAUAUCCCCCUAGCAAUCAUGAUAGGGAUGCCUUUAGUAACCUUUCUUUACGUGGUAACCAAUGCCGCAUAUUUUACUGUCAUGUCUCCUGCCCAAAUCAUUAACUCUCCAGCCGUCGCUUUGGAAUGGGCCAACAUAGUUCUAGGCAGAUAUUUUUCUUGGGUUAUUCCACUUUUUGUAGCUUUAUCCUGUGCCGGAGCUUUGAACGGAUAUUUCAUAGGAAUCAGUAGAGUAUGCUACGUUGCCGCUAGAGAUCAUCAUUUAAUCCGACUUUUGUCCUUCGUGAACAUUAAAAAACUUACUCCCAUCCCAUCUGUCAUUUUUAUCGGAAUCCUUGCUAGCUUGAUGAUAAUACCCGGCAAUAUAGAAGCCUUAAUAGGAUUUUUUGGAUUCGCCUCAUGGCUUUUCUAUGGACUAACUAUGGUGGCUUUAUUGUAUUUGAGAUACACCCAACCUAAUACGCCUCGUCCCUAUAAAGUAUGGAUAGGAAUCCCUAUUCUGGUGCUGAUAAUUUCCGUGUGCUUAGUGAUUUUCCCUUUAAUCAAAGAACCAGCUAUUGAAUUCUUGUACGCUACCGUUUUUAUACUGGCCGGAAUGGUGUUUUACGUGCCAUUCGUCUACUACAAAGUUCACUUGAGAUGCAUGGAAAAAUUUACCUUAUUUUUCCAAAAAUUGUUGGAAGUUAUGCCAGAAGAAAGCGAAGAUGAAACAUCAGAAGAAAUUCCUUUGUCGGAAUACAAAAAAUAGAUUAUACAUUUUUUAAAAUAUUAUUGUAUCUUCUCUAAAAUAUAUUUUUUUUAAAUAUCUUUGGAAUGAAUGAAUCGUAAAAAGAUGAAUAAUUGGAAAAAUUACUUUAUUUUCAUUUUCCUAUAAUUUUUGUAAAUAAUUCUCUAUUUUGAAUUUCCUUUUUUUUAUAUACCUUUUAUUAAAAAAAAUAAAUAAAUUUCCAAUCAAUCAACAUACAUUUACUAUAUUAAAUAUUCUAUCAACAUAUUUUUUAAAAAACAACAACCUUUACUCUUAGCUUUCAAUAUCAAAAAAAUACCGAAAAUAUUGUAAUCAAAUUUCCUUUUUCGCCAAAAUCUCAUACAAAUA